UAGCGUCUGGCCCGUGCCGGUCUACAAAUGUUCGAUCAGUCGAAAUGUUGCGAGCGAGGUCGGAACAGUACGAACGGAGACCAUAACGGACUUCUCAUUUCAGCUGGGCAUAUUGGAAUAGUGGUUUUUAUGGAAAUAUGUUGCGCGUGGCUGGGGCUUCGCCCCAGUUAACUAAAAGGAAACAAACCCCACGACCAAUUAAACUCGAAAACGUGGAACUCGAAACGUGGAAUAGUGUUUUUUUAUGGAGCUAGGGUGGCGUACAGUUCAUAAACAUAAACACUAUUCCACGUUUCGAGUUCCACGUUUUCGAGUUUAAUUGGUCGUGGGGUUUGUUUCCUUUUAGUUAACUGGGGCGAAGCCCCAGCCACGCGCAACAUAUUUCCAUAAAAACCACUAUUCCAAUAUGCCCAUCAAUGCCGAUUGUUAAUGUAAUUAUUUUUAAAAUACUCAGAAAACUCUUUAGACUUAACCAGCCCAGCUGAAAUGAGAAGUCCGUUAUGGUCUCCGUUCGUACUGUUCCGACCUCGCUCGCAACAUUUCGACUGAUCGAACAUUUGUAGACCGGCACGGGCCAGACGCUAGUUUUCUAUUUGGCAACGCCGGCCCGCCAUCACUUCUGAUUUUGACAGGUGACAUUCAAAUGACGUUUCACUAACCUCUCAAAAGUCCAAUCUUAUUUUUUUUAUUUUCCAAAAUAUGGGCAAUGACCACUCACAUUUAAGCGGCGUUGAAAUAGAAGAAAAAUCAGUCGAAGUUUCAGACUUCUGGUCACACCAUUCCGCUACUAUUAUCAAUUCAGAAAACACAACAAACCUCUCAGUACUUACAGGCGAGUUAUUCGUCGAUGGCCCAUUAUGGAAAACGCAGACACCUUUAGAGAAAAAUAGCAAGCAUUUAAUGAUCUAUCGUCACCCCUGCAUUUUACGAUACAUAUCAUCGUGGCAAAAAAGUUCCAAGUAUUAUUUAGCCGUGGAGGAGGUUGUGCCCUUAAGCCAUGUCCUGGCGACGCAAAAUGCGCUGCAGAUUUGUAUUGGGUUACAUUCCAUACUGAAAGCUUUGUGUUUUUUGCAUGAGAAGGCUUCAAUCUCGCAUAAUAAUAUCUGUACUGCGGCGAUUUACGCAAGUAAGGAGGGUAGCUGGAAGCUGGGAGGCAUGGAAUACGUGUGUAAAUUUAACGAGUUAAGUUCCGAUUUUCUCAAAAAAACGAGAAACAGUCGGUAUAACAAAGCCAUCGAUCCCAAUGAAGACAAACACAUACAGGGCCCUAGACGGGACUUUAUUGAUAUUUUUGCAUUCGGAGUUUUAGUUUGUGAAGUUUUAAAGUCAAAAGAUGAGGAGAUUCCUGGCCUCACAAGUUUUAAAGAAUUGUGCAAGAACGAUUUGCAAAAUAUUGACGUGGCGUUGAGGCCAAAGCUGAGUUCUCUGCUCGACCACGAAUUUUUUAAUCAUGAGUUUAUUGUUAUACAUUCGUUCCUCGCUGAGCUACCGUUGAAAUCAGAUGAGGAAAAAAUGCAAUUUUUCCAUAGUUUAGCUGAGAGGCUUAAAGCCUUCCCUGAAGUUAUCGUAGCCAAACAAUUGGGUAACUUGUUACUCUCUAGGUUAGUUCUUUUGAAUAAAACGGCACAAGAGGAGUUGUUACCAUUUAUUUUACGCCUCAGAGUUGAAAGUGAAGAUAAUACCGGAAAUAUUUUCACAGAAGAUGUAUUUAGGAAAUUUUUGACCCCAAAAUUGUUGGAAAUUUUUGGCGUUCGAGACGCCCAAAUUCGUCUCUUGUUAUUAAACAAUUUCAAGCAUUUUGUUCACACUUUUACAAAGGAAGAACUCCAAUCUUGUAUUUUACCAGAGCUUUUGGUGGGCGUUAAGGACACCAACGACCACUUGGUCUCAGUAACCCUGCGCACGCUCGCCGACUUGGUCCCCAUUUUGGGGGCCGCGACCGUGAUAGGGGGCCGCAGGGGCAAACUUUUUACCGAUGGCCGCCCCGUAUCGCACCCAAAUCGGCGCACCUCUCGCCGCAAUUCGAAAAAAAUCGAACCGGUGAUUCCCCCAGACACCAAUCCGAUAAUUCAAACCAAUCAAGUGAUUAUGGACCUCCCUGAACGGCCAAGGCCUGACGGGGAAGAAGGGGAGACCUCCACAGAGGAGGCGGAACAAUCCGUGGAGGAGGAUUUGGAUAACUGGGAGGACUGGGGGGAGUCAAACCCUCAGGAAAUUGUCGAAUCAGUUGAAUCGAAUUCUAGUGAGUCUGUGACGUCGGUUUUUGAACGCGAAAAUGUGGCACAGAAAAAAUUGCCCGAUAUUUUGGAACUGGAUAUUAAGAAUCAGACGAGUUCGGGGGGCAACGACGAUUUUGAUUUCUUCCAAGACAUGGAACCUGUGAUUGAGACUUCGGCGAAGUUUGUGAUUGAGGAGGAGAGUGCGAGUAAAUUAAAGUUGGGGGUGAAGGAGGAUGGGAAUGAGGACGGUUGGGUCGAUGAAGACUGGUAGUGGGGUUGAUUUAUUGCAAUUAUAUCUAUGUUAUGUAAAUAUACGUACUUUUAAUUUGUU